CUUCUGAAAAUCAAUGUUAUUUAUGUUUUUUGCAAGAUUUGUGGUUUCCUGUAAACGCUAAUGAAGCAAGAGUCUUAGGACAUAAAACCACAUUCUGUUAGUCUCUCAUAAUGGAUUUCAUGAAAUCCCUCUUGGAGACAUGUAGUAUCCACAAACCUUGUUUUCAUAGAUGCUGAAUGUUAUUUUUGGCCAUUCGCUAUUCAUUCCUAUAGGAAUACUCUAUGGUGUGAGUGAUUGUAGUCAUUAUUCUGUUGCAUGGUCAGGAUUUAAGCCAAAAGUCCUGAUUCUUGGCUUUAAAAGUGUAAAUCAGGUUUAGCAUACCUGGCUGCAAAGCUGAUUGAUUGUGACAGUCUCUGCUGCUCUACAAUUUCCCCCUGGGCUCCACUCCCUCAGCUCUGUUUGUUUUCACUCAACCCUUCAUUCCAAACCUUUUGCCUACCUCCUCUCUUCUCCACCCCUUCUGCUUUUACUCAACUGGUUUUGAGUUCUUGGAAAAGACCUGAGUGAACACAUCUGCUCAGGAUGUUGAUUUUAGGGGACUGAAGCAUGUUUUCAAAUCAGGAGAAGAGAACAUAAUGUGGCCACCUACACUGAUCCUGGAGCUGCUCCUCUUGGGCUGCUUGUGUUUUGGUGCCCAUGUUGAACGAAUGUCGUACAGACCUCGGAGCUGCACGCUUGAAUGCAUUCAGCGGGGAGUCCCAGAAUGUGAAUACUGCAGAAUCACAGCAGAUGAUGUGCAGUUCUCUCUCAGCAUUCCCUCUAACAGUCCUUAUGGAAGUUGUGUACCUUGGCCUUGUCACUCUUUUCUAGGCCAGGAAACCCCAGAGGUCUGCCAGCAUUAUGUAAAUGCCCCACGCAAUAUUAAAAUUGAGUUUGAAGAAAGUGAAGAUCCCACAAAUGACGCCAUUACUGUGUCAUGGAACCCAAGCCAGUACGGUAUUGCAUUCUUACAUGGAUUUCAAGUAACCCUACAGGCACUCGGUGGCUCUCAGGUCAUAUGUCAACUCUUUCUCCUUCGGAAUAAUCAUUCUCUCACCCCUGCACAUGCUCAAAUGGUUUUUCACUCAGACCUCUUCACACAUCUGUCAUUGGAUACUGAAUAUGUCGUGACUAUCCUGGCAUUGCCUGUUCCUGAGCGGUGGGACCAGUUUUAUGAGAAGAAACAUUUUUUCACUCGCACAUGUUCUGAAAAAAAUGGUCUUGAUGAGUGUAAGAAAGACUGGUAUCCCAGAUACAUUGAGGUACACCAGGAGAACCAGGACGUUCUUGUGACCUUUAACCUAGCACCUGAGAACUUUGAAAUUCGGCACUAUUUUUCAUCAUGCUUUGGAGGCGGGCUACGAAAUUACACAAAUAUUAAACCAGAUUUCAGUGUAAACAAGACUCAUCACACAUACCGUUUGCAGAAUCUCCAGGCAGGUACAAACUACACCUGUGAGAUUGCUGCUGAUGUCGUGGAUGCAGUUAGGAAAACAUUCUUUGUAGUUAAACAUAACUCUGAAGAGCCAAUGACUUCACAUUUCACAGAGAGCCCUUCACUCAUAAUGCUCUUGUUGGUGGGAAUUCUGCUUGUUGCUACUGCAGUGCUCACCUUCACUGUUGUUUAUAAGAAAAGAAUGAAGAAAACCGCAAAGACCCAAUUAAGACCAGAUAUAAUUGAACGGUACUAUGACAAAAAGCUGGAUGAAGGACAAUGUGUUUUGCUGGACAAGAACACCCGCCCCCCUCGUCUUCUGAUUUGUUACUCUAAUAAUGAUGGUCCUGACCAUGUCAGAGUCGUGUUGCAAUUGGCUGCUUUUUUGCAAAAGCACAUGGCUACACAGGUGCAUCUGGACUUAUGGGAGGCCCUUAGCAUUAUGGAGGAGGGUGUACUUGCUUGGCAUUGCAGGAGAAUGAAGGAGUGUGACUUUGUGCUGGUCAUUUGCUCCAGAGGUCUCCUUCAGAACCAGAAAAACCAUUGCGAGGACGAAGAACCCGUGGAGAACACCGCUUUAGCCACCAUUGCCAUAAUUGGAGAGGAGAUGUGCCAUGCCAAAUCCCUGGGUCAGGACCUCUCCAAAUACAUGACCGCUGUUUUUGAGUACUCGGAGGAGUCUGAUAUCCCAGCUGUACUAGGCCUUGCUUCAAGAUACACACUGACCAAAGACUUACCUUUGCUCUUCUCCCAUCUUCAUGGAGUGGCUUUGCAGAAGCCUGGAGUUAACCUGCAGGUGGAGAACAUUUCAGAAAGCGGUUACUCUAAACUCCCAGCUGGAGCAGCACUACAGCUGGCCAUCCAAGAAGCCACAGCACUUAUCUCUGAUGAGCAGACUGAAGAGGAACAUGUAGGAAUUCCAAUCUUUUCAUAAAGGCCCCAGUAAGACACUGCAACAAUACUACUUCAAUGUGUGCACUCACACCCCAUAUACAACCUAGAUGGAACAUGUUAUUUGAGGACAAUCCCUCAGACACACUGGUUUUAAUUGACAAAGAUAAAUACUCUCCUUUUUGGGGGUUUAUCCCCCAGCUGCUUCUAUGUUUGCUGGACUUAUGAUGUAAGCCUGCCAAAAGAUAAGACAGAUGAAAAUUUCCAUAGACUUACAUUGAAGGAGGGACCUGAACCAUAUAAAUGGACCAGAAUGCCAUCGUGAUGCAGGGGUGUACUCUUUUGACUUGGGCUACCCAGAACACAAUAGAAACGCCCAAGCAGCUACCUAGAACACCUUAGAAAGUGUAUAGCAAUGGGGUGGCAACCACACACAACACCUAUGCAUUGUGGAGGCAUGUUUUGCACCACACACAUGUUCUUCAGCGUAAGACUUUAGUCACGUUUAGACCAUUGUGGGGAAAAACAAAUGUAAGAGAAGCUUUAUUAUGUUGGAAGAUGAUGUGUGAGCGGAAUGCUGGAAAAUCAUUUAUAAGUCCAAUUGUGAGUGUAUUAAUUAUUACGUAAAAAUUACGUAACGUAGUUUGCUCAUGCAUAUGAAUUGUAAAUGUAAUCAAGUAAAUAUUCACAGUAUUUGGAUGCACAUCCAUUAGUUUGGCACUAUUGGAGUCAGUUAUAAUUAAAUGUAGCUACUGUACUACAAUUGCCAAACACAGUAAUAAUGAAAAUUUUAUCAUAUGGGGCACUUAUAACUUUUAAAACUUUUUAUAGUGUAAUUUGCCUAAGGGUGACCUGAUGUGUUGCCCUUUCUUGUUUGUAAUACCAGUUUAUUGAAAUUAUAUAUUAUGGUUAUAUAUAUAUAUAUAUUUGUAUAACAUGAAGGGAAAUUAUUUUUUUCAUUGUUCUUUGUAUUUGCAUGGACUUCCAUUAUUAAUACAACACUUAUUCAGCAAAGAAAAGAAAUGAAACCCACCUUAUUCUGUUUUCAUCAGUGUAAAUGUCUUUGUUUCCAGAAUACAAGCUAAAGAAAAAAAAUAAGAUGUUUUUGCACAUAGUGUGUACAAUAAAAUGCAUGAUUGCCUGGUGUUUUGCAAAUAAACUAUAUUUU